UCACGCUGCAGGUUGCUGGAAUCAUUUAAACCGGUUUAUUGUUAUUUAUUCAUUUUAAAUAAUAAGAGAAAUGUUUAUUUCAGUGGAAGAUUCAGCUCCGUGCUUUAAAGGCUUCACUUUAAUCCUGCCGGCGGUAUCGGUGGGGAACGUAGGGCAGUUGGCUGUGGAUCUGAUCGUCUCCACCCUGAACCUGCAGAGAGUUGGGUAUUUCCACACGGACUGUCUGAUCCCCAUGGUGGGUAAUAAUCCCUACAGCACCAGUUCGGAGGAUUCACUGCAGCUGAGCACUAAUGCUGAAGUGUACUGGUGUAAAGACUUGAAGUUGGCUGUGCUGCAGAUUCGGAGUCCACUCAUACAGACCAAGACCAGGUCGUUCCGUAAGAUGGUGGUAUCGUGGAUCAAGAGUAGCGGUUUCGCCAAAACGGUGCUGCUGUCCAGCAGUCACGCCUACCAGAGAGACGACCGGCAGAUCCUCGGCUCUCCCCUGAGGUACCUGCUGACCCCAGCGCUGAGGGAGCAGGUAACAGCGCUGGAGCAGUUAGGAUGGACGGAGAUGGAGAAGAUCAGUGCGUUUCCUGGAGUGAUGGAUUCAGACAGCCAGAGGCUCUGCAUCCCCGGAGGAGGAGUCACCAAAGCGCUCUACACAGACUGUUGUACAGAGGGCGUCUCCAUGGCUGUGAUGCUGCUCUUCUGCUCUGAGGGAGAUAACGUACCCGACGCCAUCGCCCUCGCCAAUCACCUGAACGACUGGCUCCACCUGCUGGAUCCACCCGCUCAGGGUUCGGUACCCUGGAGAAUCCCGUCAUCCUGGAAGCUGCUGUUCGGGAGCGGCGUUCCACCCACCAUCUUCUAAACUCGGUGGAUGAAAGACGUCCAGGAGGAACGGAUCCUCUCCAGAUGUUUCUACACCGGGCUUGUUUAUAGCGAUCGUCAUGUUCUGUAACAAGGCCGACGCAGAGACUCCGGCGUCAUUUUAUGAGCUACACCUAGCAUAUAGACGCUCAUCUUUGUGGGUGUACAAUCACUGACUGUAGCCCAUCUGUUGCUGUGUACACUAAACACACAUUUCUAUCUGUACACGUUUGCCAAAUGAGUUUUUUUGUGUAUUAUUAUUCUGAUCAAACAUUAAACAUGAUUUAUUUUCAGCACUGAAA